GAACUCACAAAAAAGGCAGAUUCAUCAUCAUUGUUAAUAUUUGGUGGCUCUUCUAUGGAUAUAACUUCGACUCUUAACCCGGUUGAAUCCAAAAAUCAUUCAUAUUAUCACACAUCAUCUCCAGGUUUUGUAAGACAAUCCGCCGGAGGAGUUGGGAGAAAUAUCGCAGAAACAGCGUACAAGCUGAGUGCAAACCCUUUAUUAAUUUCAGCUGUUGGCAAUGAUUUAGCAGGGAGCUGGCUAAUUGAGAACAUGAAAAAAAUUGGAAUGGAUACUAAAGGUAUAAAAAUUGUAGAAAAUCAAAAAACUGCAAUAUACAAUGCAAUAAAUGAUCCUUAUGGUCAGCUUAUUUGUGCUGCUGCUGAUAUGAAUAUAUUUGAUAGUAUAUCUUCAGAAAAUGUCACUAAGUUUAUAGAAUCAAACAAGCCAAAAUUAGUUUGCUUCGAUGGAAAUAUUUCUGUAGAAU